AUUCGAGUGUCGCGCGCGGUUAACGGAAAACGCGCUUAGUAGCUGCAGCAGUUAAACAGAUUAACUUGCAUAAAAAAUAAAAGUAAUUUUUUAAUUUAAAACUAUGAAGGAAGCAGAGCUGGCCAAACAAUAUGCAAACUUUCCUGAUAUACAACGCGCUGAGGUAAAGAAAUUGCUGGACUGGAUACACGCUCAGCCGCACAUCUCCGCUGAGUUCUCGGAGGCGGAGGCGUUGCACUUUUUCUAUGCCUGCAAGUACAGCAUGGAGGUGUCCAAGCAAGUGCUGGACACUAAUCUCACAGCACGCACGCAUAUUGAGGAUUUCUUUGUAAAUCUGGAUGCGGAAAGCGCUGAGAUUAAACGCGCUAUGAAAACGGCCGCUGUGUUGCCGCUGCCAGGUGCUACGCCCGAGGGCUAUCGUGUUAUCAUAGGCAAGCUGGAUGAUCUGAAUGCAUCCAAUUUCAACUACGCUGACUGCAUGAAACUCUAUUGCAUGAUAUUCGAUUAUUGGAUGUAUGAGGAUGGCAUUCAACCAGGACAUGUUAUUGUUAUAGAUCUCAAGGGUGUAACGCUGGGGCAUGUGGCACGUAUUGGCUUGCUGCAAAUGAAAAAGUUUCUGUUCUACUUGCAGGAAGCUGCUGCCAUACGUCUGAUUGGUUUUCAUUUCAUCAAUAUUGUGCCGUUUAUGGACAAAAUACUGGCACUAAUGAAUCCUUUUAUGAAAAAGGAACUUACUAGCAUUUUAUAUUUGCACAACGAUCUGCAGGACUUUUACAAAUUCGUGCCGCAGCAAAUGUUGCCCAAGGACUAUGGCGGUCCACUGGAAGCAACGAGCACAGCCAAGCUGCUUUAUUACAACAAACUAACGACUGAUCGCAAGCAAAUGCUGCAGUUUGAAAAACGACAUCAGGUUAACGAAAAGCUGCGUCCGGGCAAACCAAAGAAUGCCUCCGAUCUGUUUGGCAUUGAGGGUAAUUUCAAAAAGUUGGACAUUGAUUAAUGAACUUUCAAAGUUAUUUUGGUUUAUGUGUGGUAUUGGUUUUUGGCUAAUAAAGUUUUAGCUUUGUUUUAUUUUGUUCAACCUAUCGUUGUUUUAAAUUCAUUUGCAUGUCUGUCUUACAUAAAAUUGAUGCGUUGUAGUUAAAGUUAAACUUGCCUUACAAACUAAAAUGCUAUUAAAUUAGCUGCUCAUUCUACGAGCAUAGUAUAUAUAAGUAGUUAAACCAUCAGAUGGAUACUUAAUUAAGUUACAGAGAGUGAGCAAAUUAUCAC